CAGGCGCCGCGGCGCCCGCGGGGGCCGCCGGCAGGAGCGGCGGCAGAGGCGGCGGCAAGGGCCAGGGCAAGCAGUCCAGAGAGGCCUUCCGCCGAGAUGCCCUCGAGGCGUGGACCAAGGCUCUCUUCAGCGAGGCGGAGGGCGGCGGCGCCACCGAUGGGACCGACGCCUGCCAUGCAGGAGCUCUGGCUGGGCGCCGUCGGCGCAGAGAGCGCCAGCCACGCGGGCGCCCCGGGGCCGGCCGAGUGCCCCGCGGCGGGCCCCGCGGAGAGGUCGUGGCCCUCCUGGCAGGAGAUCGAGGUGACCUGCCAUGUGGUGGACGACGCGCAGUCCAGCGUCGGCAAGGAGACCAGCGGCGGUGGCGAGGGCGACGGCGCAGGCGCCGACGACGACGACGACAUCUCCAGCGAGGACUUCGAGGAGCCCCUCGGGCGAGGGCCUGCUGGGCAGGGCCUGCCGGGCGAGUGCCAGUAGCGGGACCCCGGAGCUGCCCGCCGCCGAGGCUGCCGAGGGCCUGCGCAGAGGGCUGCUGCCAGAGCCCCAGCGCGCGGCCGCCGGUGGAGCUGCCGCUCGCGCAGGGCCCGUCGCUCAGGGUAGGAAGAGAUGCCGAUGCUGCUGCUCGUCCCGGCGACCGGUAAAGCUGACGUGACCUGCCGUGGGCAGGGCCUCAGGGGAGAGAGAGGUGUCGAUGCCGCUGCGCCUCGCCCCGCUCGGAGGGACGCCAACUACACACCACCACCAGUCCUGGCCAGGCACUUCCUGGGCCCUGGAUCGGUCCGGU